GCCAGGGUGCCUCCCUGGCUCCCUCUGCUGUCUGUGUGAUCAUGUCCUUUUCAGCGGCUCGUGACAGGUGCAAUCAGCGCUGAUCUGGCGGUGGGGCUGCGCAUGUCACGAGCUGCUUCUAUUCCACCUGUUGCUCAUUACCCUUUCCUUUAUAUUUCUCUCCUGACUAGCUCCUGUUGUUAGUAGAUUGUUUUGUGUUCUGUGUUUUGGUGUACACUCACGUCUGUCUGUUUGCACCCCAGGACGCAUAGAGAGAAGGACUGCCACUCUCUGCCUCACUCCACUCUUUAGUGGUUGGCCCUGUGCGAGCGCUGGGUCUUGGGCAGUGAUCCGCUCGUUGGGUCCGCAUCUCACUGCCGACCGUAGCUGGAUUACCCCAGAGACUUGCUCGCUGAGUUUUGUUACAGUUUUAUUUGUUUUGUUCACCUUUGGUAAUAAACCUUGUGCUCGAAUCUAUCCUCUGCCUUUGAGUCCUCUGUUCUCCUCGCGCCGUCACACAUAACCUAUGACAUGAAAGAGCUGAGGUGAAAUGUGAUUCUGUGUUGCGAUAUGCACCAUGACUGUAAAUGAAGUAAUACUCUCAUGUUAGUGUAAAAUAUCCAAUGAUAUUUGAACUUAUAUGUUUAAGAGCGUUUAAAUGAAAGGAAAGCUUUUAAUUCAUAUUAACUGACUGAACUAUUAACUAAAAAUGAUUCAGUUGUCAGAUAAACCAAAGAAUAUCAUCUGUCAGAACUUGUUGAUGAGAAAAAUAAGGCCUUUAACUAGACUACAUAUUCAGGGACCCCAAAUGACUGAUAAUGUUUAGAUAAUGAUCACAGGAUUAAUCUUCAAAAAGAGUCAUAAUUAACCAUUAACAGCACCAAACAGAUAUAUUCAUUCAAAGUGUAAACAAAUACAUUUCGCUGUAUAGCCUAUACUGUAAAGUUGAAGAGGUGCUUCUCUUAUAAAAAAAAAUAUUCUAUUCUAUUCUAUUCUAUUCUAUUCUAACAGCAAUAUGACUAUAAUACAAAUAUACCCCUGGUUUCACAAACAAGGCUUAAACCUAGUCCCAGUCUAAAAUGUAAGUCUGAGCUGUUUCAACUGAAAUAAACUUGCACUGACUGAUCUUAAAAUAUAUCAGUGCCUUUGUUCUGCCUCAAGAUGCACACCAGUAAUGUUUUUUUUUCUUCUAAGGCACGUUUAUAAAAAUUACUUAAAUGUCCUAAUUGAACACUGGCCUAACCCUGGCUUAGUCUAAACCCCGUCUGUGAAACCGUGCUAUGAUGUAUUUAAAUGCAUUUCACUCUGUUGUAGCCAUAUAUCUGCUGGGCUGAUGCUGGUUUCGGAGAUUUAUUUUCUGUUUAUUUUUUAAACUUCUUUGAACUUUGUUUUGAUUUGUAUGUUGUUGCUGUCAAUGUUCCAGCGUCUUGUAAAUCACGCUUGACAUACCUCACAUUCCAGCUUCACAAGGAAAGAGAAAGAACCUUGAAACUUUGCCUCAUUUCUGAGUAUGUCAGCCUGAUGGUGUAUUUCUCCUUGGCUUCAGUCCGAUAGAUUAUAUUGUUAUAUUUGAUUUUUUUUUGUUAUAUUUGAUUGAUUGUUUCUGGAAGUUACUAAUAUGACUUUUUUCUAGUUUACGCUAGGUGGAUUUUCUUUCCUUAUAGGUUUUAACAUUUUUGUUUGUAUAACAAAAAAAGAAGGAUGGAAAUGAAGACGGAACCAGAGUUGAGAGCAGUUCUUAUUGGAAGGCAACACUGUGGGAAAACAUCGGUGAUCAACACUAUAUUGGAAACCAGAACAGAAGCUGAAGGAGAUGAACAUGUGAAGAGAGAGGGAUUUAUUGAUAACAGGAGAGUCAGUCUGGUUGAAACACCUGGCUGGUGGAAAACCAUCAAUCCGAGCGAUUAUUCCAACAUCUCUAAACAGCAGCUGGUUCGCAGGAUUUAUCUGAUUUCACCCGGACCUCACGCGGUUCUGAUCGUGAUUCGGGCCGAUUCUGCAUUCACUGACCCUGAUGGGAGGUUUCUGGAGCAGCAUUUGGAGCUGCUGGGUCCCAAUGUCUGGACUCACACCCUCAUCAUCUUCACAAGAGGUGAUUUGAUUAAACAAGAAGACAUAGAGCAGCAUAUUCGGGAAGAGGGGUCAGCACUCAAGCGGCUUAUUGAAAAAUGUGAAAAUAAAUAUCUAGUUUUUAAUAAUUCAAACCAUCACGACCGAACUCAAGUCAAAGAGCUGUUCAGGAAAAUCAAAGGAAUUGUGAAGAGGAGCAAAGGCAAGCACUUUAACAUUGAUCUGGAAAAAGUAAAGGAAGUCAAUGAGCAGUGGGAGGAAAUUCAGACCAGAGCAAAUUCUAGAAAAUCCAGAGUACAGAAGGAACGGUCAAUAGUUAAAGAAAAAGCGUAUGUGCGUCGUCUUGAGGAGAUCAGAGUUGUUUUGUUGGGAUGGGUUCUUGCUGGAAAGAGUUUAGCUGGAAACACCAUCUUGAACCGGGAUGAAUUUGCCAUAGGAGGAAGAACCAGAGAGGGUAUGAGAGGGUUUGGAGAUGUAGACGGAAGGAAGAUUAGUGUUUUGGACACUCCAGGCUGGUGGAAGUACUUCACAUCUCAACUCAACCCAGAUUUCAUUAGUGUAAGAAGUUCCCUCAUGCCAUGCUGCUCGUGAUUCCUGCAGAUACAUCAUUUCAGGAAGAACAAAAGAGAAUCACUGAGCAAAAUAUUUCCAUCCUGGGAGACGAUGUCUGGAAACACACCAUAGUUUUGUUCACGUGGGGCGACAAGUUUAAAGACAUCUCAAUCGAGCAGCACAUUGAGAGUGAAGGAGAAGCUCUUCAGUGGCUGAUUGAGAAAUGCAGGAACAGAUAUCACGUCUUUGACAACACAGACAAGAAGAACCGAGAUCAAGUCUCAGAGCUGCUCCAGAAGAUUGAUGAGAUGGUGGCAGAAAACAGUUCAUUUCAUCUCAAAACACGGAAAAACUGUGAUGAGAAAAGCUGUCAGAAAACUGACAAACAGGAGGAUCUGAAUAUGGAGAUCAGACUGAAGGAUGUCUGCCACUUUCUGGACGAGGGGUUUAAGAGAAAAGCUCAAGAGAUAAGAAGGAAUAUAGAAAAGUUAUGCAUGGAUAUCUUGGAAGUACAUCUAAACCUUCAGGACUCUUGGAGUAUGGAUGGCCCUCCUGAAUUAGCUCAAGAUAAACCUCCUGAUUCCCAUACACCAUUAAAAGCGAUCAGUGCACCUCAACAGGACAACAUCCCUGAGCCGAUUAAAAGUCUUCUGAUGAAAGAGUUCAGCCGAUGGGAAAGUAUCAUCUUAGAUGGUGUUCAGGAAAGUUUACAGGACAUUAAAUCAUCAUUUGAGCUCUCUCAGGCUGAGAAGAGACAAAGGUCAGCGGAUGCUGUUGAGAGAUGGCUACAGAACUGCUACCAUUAUGUUCAACAUACUAUUGAUAAAAUACAAGAUCCAGAAUCAGGGAUCAGGACGAAGAGACUAAAGAUACAAUGAUUACUUGAUGAUUUACAGUUUCUGUGUACAGAUAUAUACACAAUGCAUGAACGUAACGUAAGAUUUUAAAUGCAGUUUUAUUGUAUUAACAUCCCUGACUCACUUCACAUGUGUUAUUAUAAGUUGCAGCUGUAUUUUAAAUCUGAAAUGUAAAUCUAGAUGUACACAGGAACAGUUGUUCUGGUACCUUGUGAGAUUCAGUGAUUUGCUUAAGAACAAAUCUAGAGUUUAGUCAGACUCUCUCUGCUGGUUUCUGAACAUUCAGUCCACAAACGAAGGCCAGUGUUUAUAAAUGGACCAUGAAAAGUAACCGAAUCUUUUAAAGUACAAGGAGGAAAGUCAAAAUGAAGCAAUAGCAGGCUGGUCAGUAGUAGAGCAAACUCGUUUCUUAAAAGAGAAACAGACAUAUAAUGAUGUGAUUGAAUCAGUCCAUUCAUAAAUAGCCUCGAUUAUUUCAUCUGGAAUUCAAAUUGAAAACUGGAAAUAAACUGAAGUUGGAUGAAACGAAAUGCUGUUUAAAAUGAUUAAGGAAAAAUCAUUAAAACAUCUGCUUUGAUAUUAGAUUUCUGUUUCUCUUAGAUCUAAAGACAUUUAAACACUGGCACAAUCAUUUUCUGUGAAGCUGCUUUAAAAUUGAGAUUUAUACACCGUUUAAAAAAAAUCAAUAUUGUAAAUAAAGAUUAUUGGAGUAUGUUUUACAAGAAAAUGUUAUUUGUUAUAAUAUUUGUAUUGUGUAACUUGCCAUUUCUUUGUAAUUAAUGGUGAAUAUUGUUCAGUUUAUGGACACCUCGUUUACAGAUGAACUAAUACAACUAAAUAUGAAGCAGAAGUGAAGUCUGGAGACAAAGUCUUAUUAAUGUGGGAUGACUGAUGUUUUAAUAGAGCAUCAUUGAGAGUGCAGGGGAUGCCCUCCAGUGGCUGAUGGAGAAAUACUUAAACAAGACAAAUAGAGAUCAAAUCACAGAUCAGAAGAUUAUGGAUAUGACAGCAAAACAUUACUAGGACAAACCUCCACUUAUGUAAAAACAAAAUAAAAUAAAAAAACUUAUCUAUAUUUUCACUGUCUCUUAUUUUCCUUCCUAUUUCUAGCCUGUACUCUUUUAGACAACAUCUGGAACUUUGUACAGGUGCAUCUCAAUAAAUAUGA